AAGUCCUUUAUUUAAAACCAAACAAAUGUCUAGCAACUAAGAUUAUCUUAUAAUUUUGUCUUUAUAUUUGUUUGCUGCUAGGUAUAAAGCUACCUAGUUUGAGCUGUGUUUCUUCAAUAAAAUUGGAGUCAUGUGUCUGUCUGUUUCUUCCAUCACAUGAAACUAUAGAAUAUAUAAAGUUCUUAAUAUUGGGUCUUCCCGUUCUCAGGAUAUUUAAUUUAUCUUUCAAACAUAUGUUUAUUCAUCACAUACUUAUUUCCAAGUAGAUGACAUCACAGAGCAAGGUUCAAGUGAGGAUUCAUACAGCCGACCCCAACUAGCCUGGUAUUGAGGAUAAGUUAUAGUUGUUUUUGUUAUUGAUCAAUGAAACAAGUGGAUUAUGAAUAUGAGUGAGCUUGGGUUAGAAAGAUCAAAUCCAUGGAACAAUAUUCACACAAGUUCAGAACCUAGUCCUUCCCAAACACAAGUCACUAGAGGAGGACAAUGGAAGAACUUUGGGACAUCAAUGGAUGCCAUUUGUUUCGGCUUUGUUGCUACAGCUAUCCUCAUAUCCAUGUUUCUCAUCAUGGCCAUCUUUGAACAUCUUUUCAAGCCUAGUCCACCCUUCUCUUCGCCUCGAGAUAGUAGACACGGUUCCUUGGAGUUGGGGCCGAUUCAGAAACGUGCAAGUUCAGAAAUGGUACAAAGGCGAUAUUCGUCAGAUUAUACAGUUUUGAUGCCAGGACAACAGUAUCCUACCUUCAUUGCCAAGCCAACUCCAUUGCCUUGUCCAAGAGAAAGGGUUUAUUGGCCUUCCCAUGAACAUAGUUUUUCCUUCUCGUAAUGAUUCUAAAAGACUAAUUAUUGUUGUUAUCAUAUAUAUGAAUCAUUAAAAAAAAUUAUGUGACCAUCAAAAAGGUUCACCAAUUGCGCAAUUUAGCCCUCUCUUCCCUGCUCUGACCUGUAAAAUUAGCAGUCGGGCGAAAACUGAAGCUUUGCACAUUGGGGAGGAAAAUGUGUGGUGACAUUUCAUUGUUUUUGUGUAAAAUAUUUGACUAAGUUCCCCUAUUUAGUCUUGCCUUUUCCAAUAUGUGAGUUAUGGGCAAGAUCUGGGAAGUUCAGUUGGCUAAGUUUUCAGUCGUUCUUUUGAAGUAAGCUUCUUUUA